GCGAGCUCUCCUGGUCGUCCUCCCUGGCCGUGGUGGCCGUGUCCUUCUCAGGCCUCUUCACUGUCAUCGCCCUCAUGCUGGCCUGUCUGUGCUGUAAGAAGGGCGGCAUCGGGUUCAAGGAGUUUGAGAAUGCUGAGGGGGAAGAGUACACGGCCGACUUCUCGGCACAGGGCUCCCCGGCGGCUGCCGCUCAGAACGGGCCAGACGUGUACGUCCUGCCGCUCACCGAGGUCUCCCUGCCCAUGGCCAAGCAGCCGGGGCGAUCAGUGCAGCUGCUCAAGUCCACAGACCUGGGCCGGCACAGCCUCCUGUACCUGGAGGAGAUUGGCCACGGCUGGUUCGGGAAGGUGUUCCUGGGGGAGGUGAACUCGGGCAUCAGCAGCGCCCAGGUGGUGGUGAAGGAGCUGAAGGCCAGCGCCAGCGUGCACGAGCAGAUGCACUUCCUGGAGGAGGCGCAGCCCUACAGGGCCCUGCAGCACGGGAACCUGCUUCAGUGCCUGGCCCAGUGCGCGGAGGUGACGCCCUACCUGCUGGUGAUGGAGUUCUGCCCCAUGGGGGACCUCAAGGGCUACCUUCGGAGCUGCCGGGUGACGGAGUCCAUGGCGCCGGACCCUCUGACCCUGCAGCGCAUGGCCUGCGAGGUGGCCUGUGGUGUCCUGCACCUGCAUCGCAACAACUACGUGCACAGUGACCUGGCCCUGAGGAACUGCCUGCUCACGGCCGACCUGACCGUGAAGAUCGGCGACUACGGCCUGUCCCACAGCAAAUACAGAGAGGACUACUUUGUGACCGCGGACCAGCUGUGGGUGCCGCUGCGCUGGAUCGCGCCCGAGCUGGUGGACGAGGUGCACGGGAACCUGCUGGUGGUGGACCAGACCAAGGCCAGCAACGUGUGGUCCCUGGGCGUGACCAUCUGGGAGCUCUUCGAGCUGGGUGUGCAGCCCUAUCCCCACCACUCCGACCGGCAGGUGCUGGCCUAUGCCGUCCGGGAGCAGCAGCUCAAGCUGCCCAAGCCCCAGCUGCAGCUGACCCUGUCUGACCGUUGGUACGAGGUGAUGCAGUUCUGUUGGCUGCAGCCGGAGCAGCGGCCCACUGCCGAGGAGGUGCACCUGCUGCUCUCCUACCUGUGCGCCAAGGGUGCCACUGAGGCGGAGGAGGAGUUCGAGCAGCGCUGGCGCUCCCUGCGGCCCGGCGGCGGCCCGGGCCCCGGGCUGGGGGCAGCAGGCCUGGCACUAGGGGGCUCCGGAGAGCUUCCCCUGGCCGCUGCCUCGUCCUUCCCGCUGCUGGAGCAGUUUGCGGGCGACGGCUUCCACGCCGAUGGCGACGACGUGCUGACCGUGACCGAGACGAGCCGCGGCCUCAACUUCGAGUACAAGUGGGAGGCGGGCCACGGAGCGGAGGCCUUCCCACCGCCAGGGGGCAUGCCGAGCCCGGGCUGCCCCGCCCGCCUGCAGGAGCUCUGUGCCCCCGACGGGGCGCCCCCUGGCGUGGUGCCUGUGCUCAGCGCGCACAGCCCCUCUGUGGGCAGCGAGUACUUCAUCCGCCUGGAGGAGCUCACGCCCGCCGCCGGCCACGACCCCGACUGCGCCGGCUGCGCCCCUAGCCCUGGUGCUGUGGCCCCACGCUCUGAGGGUGGUGAUCGUGACAAGGACUCAGACGACGGGGCAGCCACCUCCCUAACUAUGGAGCCGCUGCUGGGCCAGGCGCCAUCCGCGGGCGGCCCCUGGGGCUCUAGGGACCACUACCCAUGCGGGAGCCUUGCCCAGGACCCGCCCUGCCCCUCCCGCUCACCCUCUCCCAGGGGCCUGAUGCUGAUGGAGCGCAGAGAGGAGGACACUGACUGGGGGGUGGCCACUUUCUGCCCACCCUUCUUUGAGGACCCGCUGGGAGCAUCCCCCUCUGGAACUUUAGGGGCACUGCAGUCCGGGGCCAGGGCGGAGCUGGGGGAGGCCGAGGAGGGCAGGGCCGCCCAGCACAGGCACUGGAGCUCCAACGUGUCGGCCAACAACAACAGAGGCAGCCGAGCACCUGGGUGCGCGGUCCCAGGCUACGCGGGUGGCCACACGGACUGCUGCCCUGGCAGGAAGCAGGCCCUACGGGCUGUGUCUGAGCUGGGCCACCCCCUGGCCCCAGAGGACCCCAGAGAGCCUCUCCUUGGGCCAGAGGGCGCCCCCUUUGGCCAGGAGCCAGGCCUCUGCCUCGACCUCCCGCAUCUGUGUCCUGCUGAGGGCCUGGCACCUGCCACCAGCCUAGUCACAUCCCCCUGGACAGAGGCAGCUGUAAGCGGGGGCCACAGCCCCCAGGCAGGGCCCAGGUUUGCAGAGGAGGCUGAGGGCUCUGCAAGACCCCAACUGCCCCUUCCACCCAUCCCGACCCCAUCCCAAGAGGGAGCCCUGCUUCCCACAGAAGAGGCCAGCACCCCCACUGCCCUGCCUGCCUCCCCGACGCCUGCCAGCAGCCAGGCAACUGCCACUGAGCCGGCCCAAACCUUGGACAGUGGCAGCAGCUCCCUGGAGCUGGAGGCGCCGGGCAGUGAGGACGACGACAUCACCGAGGCCACUUCUGGUGUUUUCACCGACUUGUCCAGUGAUGGCCCGCAGGCCGAGAAGCUGGACUUGAUGCCUGCCUUCCGCUCCCUGCAGAAGCAGGUGGGAACCCCCGACUCCCUCGACUCCCUGGACAUCCCAUCCUCGGCCAGUGACGGCGGCUGUGAGGUCUUCAGCCCGUCGGCUGUGGGCACCUCCGGAGGGCAGCCCCGAGCCCUGGACAGCGGCUAUGACACGGAGAACUACGAAUCCCCCGAGUUUGUGCUCAAGGAGACGCACGAACCAUGCGAGCCUGAGGCUUUCGGGGGGCCGUCCUUGGAGGGUGACAGCCCCGGGGCAGAGACUCAGCUCCCGGCCUCCCUCAGCGGCCUCAGCGAGAAGAACCCCUACCGUGACUCAGCCUACUUCUCGGACCUGGAUACCGAGCCCGAGCCCCCGCUGGAGCCUGAGAAGAGGGGAGGAGGUGUCCCGGCCCCUGGGCCGGAGCCGGACCUGGAGAGUCCGCAGAGCCCUGGGCUGCAGCCUGCACAGCCUCCUCCUGAGCCCGGGGUGCCUGGGGAGCCGCAGAGCCCUGGCCCCCAGGAGGUAUCUCCACUGCCACCUCCAGAGGACUCUUCCCGUGCGCCAAGCCCCUGCCCCAGUGGCCCCACCGGCCCCAGGGUGGAGCCUCUCUGGCCCCAGGGCCCAGCCCAGGUGCCGCCAGCGCCCAGCCCUGGGAGGUCCAAGAUUUUCCUGCUGACCCCAGUCCCUCAGAGCGCAGAGAGCCACCGCCCCGAGCUCCAGGAGGCCGGGGGACUGCUGUCGGCCCUGCAGGAACGGACCGGGGGCCUGGGCGCCCCCAGAGCCCCACUGUGCCUGGCCCUGCCGGGGCUCCCCGCAGCCCCAGAGGGCCGGCCGGAGGCGGGCGAGGAGGACAGCGAGGACAGCGACGAGUCGGACGAGGAGCUGCGCUGCUACAGCGUCCAGGAGCCCAGCGAGGACAGCGAGGAGGAGGCGCCGCGCGUGCCCGUGGUGGUGGCCGAGAGCCAGAGCGCGCGCAACCUGCGCAGCCUGCUCAAGAUGCCCAGCCUGCUGUCCGAGGCCUUCUGCGAGGACCUGGAGCGCAAGAAGAAAGCCGUGUCCUUCUUCGACGACGUCACCGUCUACCUCUUCGACCAGGAGAGCCCCACCCGGGAGCUUGGGGAACCCUUCCCCGGAGCCAAGGAGUCGUCCCCCCCGGCCCCGCGCAGCCCCUUCUCGCGCUUCACCGUCUCGCCCGCGCCCGCGCGCGCCUCCCGCUUCUCCAUCACGCACGUCUCGGACUCAGACUCGGGCUCCGUGGGAGGCCCUGCAGGAGGUGCUGGGGUCAGCUGUGAAGAAGCCUAAGGCCCGGCGGCCCCCUGGGAGCCCCUGCUGGUCCUACUCCAGGCACGGCGAGGAUGGUGACAGAGUGAGUGGGGGCUGCCGUCCUGGCGAUGGUCGGUUGGCAGCAGCUUCCGGUCCCAUGCAGCGCUCUGGACAGUGGACCGGCCAUGCACGCCAGCCUGUGCUGCCCUGGGGGCAGGAUUCCUCCCGGACACUUGGGUCUUCUGCUGUCCCCUAGGGAUGCCCCACAGCCCCACCCAGCAGCACCCCACCCUGCAGCUGCCCCUCUGUCCUGGCCGCCUCUGUUGGACUGCUUGGCCUCUAAGGCCAGAGGACCUGCUCGUGGCUGGGGGGCCUUGCACACUGCCCACUGGCCCCUGCUGUGCAAUGCACGCAGGAUGCUGUGCCCCCUCGCAGGGUGAGAGAGCUGGCACAGGCCCACUGGACGGCCUCUCCCUGUCCCUUUGGCCUCUUCAGCCUACUUCUGGGUUUGCCCAGUGCAAGGAGAGGACCCCAGGCUCGUGGGCCCCACCACCCUUACCUCAGUCUGUGGCUGUGUAUCCCCUUCACUGACCCAUAAGCUCUCCCUCCCCACAGGGUCUGGGCUGACGCCCGCCUGGGUCCCCCUCCUGGAGCCAAGGGGGCAGCUUGAAAGAUGGGGGGGCUUUCAGGCCCCACGCCUGCCACCUCGGCCACGUUCUAGAGGUGCCCUCUGCUGGCUGGUGUGGGCAGCACCCCUCUGCAGGGCACUGCACAGCCCUGCCCAGCUGCCAAAAGAUAGUGGGGGCUGCCCCCAAGGUCGGUGUCGGGGCCCCUGCCGGCAGGGAAGGGAACGCAGAAGGGGUGG